UGUCGCCUCUGCGGCCGCGAAGGCAUUUUCCAUCUACCAUAUCAGAAAGAUGUCCUAUGUUUUUGUAAAUGAUUCUUCUCAGACCAAUGUGCCCUUGCUACAAGCCUGUAUCGAUGGAGACUUUAACUAUUCCAAGCGGCUUUUGGAAAGUGGCUUUGACCCAAAUAUUCGUGACAGCAGGGGCAGAACAGGCCUUCACCUUGCAGCAGCUCGAGGGAAUGUAGACAUCUGCCAGUUGUUGCAUAAAUUUGGUGCUGAUCUUCUGGCAACAGAUUAUCAAGGAAACACAGCCCUUCAUCUUUGUGGCCAUGUUGAUACUAUUCAAUUCUUAGUUUCCAAUGGACUAAAAAUUGAUAUUUGCAAUCAUCAAGGUGCUACACCCUUAGUUCUGGCAAAGCGCAGGGGAGUGAACAAAGAUGUCAUCCGAUUGCUGAAAUCUUUGGAAGAACAAGAGGUCAAAGGAUUUAACAGAGGAACUCACUCAAAACUGGAAACCAUGCAGACAGCUGAAAGUGAAAGUGCCAUGGAAAGCCAUUCUCUCCUUAAUCCCAACCUACAGCAAGGUGAAGGAGUCCUGUCCAGCUUCCGAACCACCUGGCAGGAGUUUGUGGAGGAUCUGGGCUUCUGGAGAGUGUUGCUGUUGAUCUUUGUCAUUGCUUUGCUGUCCCUUGGCAUUGCCUACUAUGUAAGCGGGGUGCUUCCCUUUGUGGAAAACCAGCCUGAACUGGUGCAUUAAAGGAGCUUAUGAGGCAAAUGCCUGUUUCCUGGCUUCCAAUGUUUGUGUUCAGUUUCACAAAAUCUUUCUCUUAUUGCAAGACAGUGAGGGCUGUACAUUUUUCUUUUUGCAUUUUUACUUAUUGUAGUCCUUGUGGAAUGACAUGUUCAUUUGAACUACUUACUGAAGUCAAGUAUACUGCAUCCUAAAGCUACCUCUGACCCAACCUGACUUCUUAGGAGAGCCUACACAUAGCCUUGUUUGAUAAAAAUAUGGAAAUGAUAAAGAAUGAAAGGUAAAGGAGGAAACUACAAAGUCCUUGCUAGAAACCUUAACCUAAUAUAGGACAAACUAAAAUGAGGUAUUGAAAAAGAAAAAGGGGUUUUCAUAUGAUUACUUUUUGUUAAUAGUUUGAUUUCUUCUUUAUUGUUGUGAGAGUCCCUUUUCUCUUUUUAUUUUCUUUCUCUAGGAAUAGAGGAGACAAUGAAACUCAACUUAAAAUGAAGUGCUUUUUUCAAAUCCAGUAUAGCAAACCAGUAAUAUUUUCAAGUCUAGUAACAAACGAAACAGAACUUUUCAAAAAUGAUUGGUUUGAUCUUACAUUGAUUUGUUUUUAGGAUAGUUUUGAUUUUUUUUUUGUAAACUGCUCUGCUUGUUGUUAAUAUUUGUGAAAAAAUGAAUUUGAGGAGUUCAUUUUGUUUAC